UUCAAAAACAGUGACCGGAUGAUUAUUUGCCCUCGCUAACUUGACAGCCCCUCGAACGACCGUGACAGUAAGAGCAAACUUAUCUGGUGCUGCUCUCUGCUCUGCGUUGACAAACAACCUUUCAGUUGCCAAAAACGGACUGAAAAUGCUGUCUUACAUCAUUGGUUUGAUCCGAGGCGGCUUUGACAGCAUCGUCAACUUGAUCUUCAGACUCCUUUUCUCAAAGAGGAGACCAGCCCUCACCUUAGAGGACCCCAACAUCAAAUAUGCACUGCGACUGCUGGACAAACAGAUUGUCAGCCAUGACACAAGGAAGUUCCGAUUUGCCCUGCCUUCCCCUGAACACAUUCUCGGUCUCCCCAUCGGGCAGCAUAUCUAUUUGUCUGCAAAAAUCGAUGGCAAGUUGGUGGUGCGUCCGUAUACACCAGUGUCCAGUGAUGAUGACAAAGGCUAUGUGGACUUGGUGGUGAAGAUUUACUUUAAAGAUGUUAAUCCUAAAUUCCCAGAGGGUGGGAAGAUGAGUCAAUACUUGGAGAGCCUGAGGAUCAACGACACUAUUGACUUCAGAGGACCCAGUGGUCUUAUUGUUUACAAAGGCAAAGGUGUUUUUGCUGUACAACCAGAUAAAAAGUCCCCCGCUGACACCAAGACAGCUAAACAUGUAGGCAUGAUUGCUGGAGGAACCGGAAUCACUCCUAUGUUGCAGCUCAUCACCGCUGUGAUGAAGGAUCCACAGGACAAGACAGUGUGUCACCUGCUGUUUGCCAACCAGACUGAGAAAGACAUCCUGUUGCGACCAGAGUUGGAGGAGAUUCAGGUCAACCACCAGGACCGGUUCAAGCUGUGGUUUACUUUGGACAAAGCACCUGAAGACUGGGAGUACAGCCAAGGCUUCAUAAGUGAAGACAUGGUGAGGGAACACCUGCCGCCUCCAAGUGAAGACACACUCAUCCUGAUGUGCGGACCUCCGCCGAUGAUCCAGUUUGCCUGCAACCCCAAUCUGGACAAAGUUGGCCACUCCAGCACCCGCAGGUUCACCUUCUAGACGUCUGUCCACACCAAAGACAGCGGUUUGGGCGUCCAGUUAUUAUAUUCUCUACCUUGAAAGCAUUAAGGCACUUGUACAGUUGCAGUGGGUAUUGCACUAUAUAUGUAUGCUAUAUUUAUGCCAUCAUAUCCAUCAUGCAACAGAAUCACAGCAAGGACCAAUUAAAGUAGUCUGUCA